GGCCGCCCAGGACACAAGACGAAGCUGACCCCUGUGGGCCUUGGGGAAGUGCCAAGUGCAGUGCCUAUCACAAAUCCAGGAGAGGAGACCCCACAUUCAAGGGGUGCUGUUAGAGGCCAUCUGGAGAAAGAAGAGCACAGUACGGAGCAAGGCUGCUCUGCUCUGUCCCACGUGAGGUCCUCUGAGGGGAUUCCCCUGGUGGCUGAAGAUGAGGCCACUCCUCCUCCUGUGCUUUGUCUGGCCCGGCCUCCUGUGUGCCCAGCAAGCCUGCUCCCGUGGGGCCUGCUAUCCACCUGUUGGGGACCUGCUCAUUGGGAGGACCCGGUUUCUCCGAGCUUCGUCCACCUGCGGACUGACCAAGCCUGAGACCUACUGCACCCAGUAUGGUGAGUGGCAGAUGAAAUGCUGCAAGUGUGACUCUAGGUUGCCUCACAAUUACAAUAGUCACCGAGUGGAGAAUGUGGUUUCGUCCUCGGGCCCCAUGCGCUGGUGGCAGUCCCAGAAUGAUGUGAACCCUGUCUCUCUGCAGUUGGACCUGGACAGGAGGUUCCAGCUUCAAGACAUCAUGGUGGAUUUUAAGGGGCCCAUGCCCGCUGGGAUGCUGAUUGAGCGCUCCUCGGACUUCGGCAACACCUGGCACGUGUACCAGUACCUGGCUGCUGACUGCACCUCUGCCUUCCCUCGGGUCCACCAGGGCCAGCCUCAGAGCUGGCAGGAUGCUCGGUGCCAGUCCCUGCCCCACAGGCCCAACGGGCGCCUGGAUGGGGGGAAGGUUCAACUUAACAUCAUGGAUUUAGCAUCUGGGAUUCCAGCCACUCAAAGUAAAAAAAUUCAAGAACUGGGGGAGAUCACAAACUUGAGAGUCAACUUCACCAGGCUGGCCCCUGUGCCCCAGAGAGGCUACUACCCCCCCAGUGCCUACUACGCAGUGUCCCAGCUGCGUCUACAAGGCAGCUGCUUCUGCCACGGCCACGCCGACCGCUGCGCCCCUCAGCCUGGAGCCUCUGCCAGCCCCUCCACCACCGUGCAGGUCCAUGAUGUCUGCGUCUGUCAGCACAACACUGCUGGCCCCAGUUGUGAACGCUGUGCACCCUUCUACAACAAUCAGCCCUGGAGACCCGCAGAUGACCAGGACCCCCACGAAUGCCAGCGGUGUGACUGCAACGGGCACUCAGAGACCUGUCACUUCGACCCAGCUGUGUUCGCCGCGAGCCAGGGGGCACACGGAGGUGUGUGUGACAACUGCCGGGACCACACCGAGGGCAGGAACUGUGAGCGGUGUCAGCUGCACUAUUUCCGCAACCGGCGUCCCGGCGCUCCCAUUCAGGAGACCUGUAUCCCCUGCGAGUGUGAUCCCGAUGGGGCUGUGCCAGGGGUUCCCUGCGACCCAGUGACUGGGCAGUGCGUGUGCAAGGAGCAUGUGCAGGGGGAGCGCUGUGACCUGUGCAAGCCAGGAUUUACGGGACUCACCUAUGCCAACCCGCAGGGCUGCCACCGCUGUGACUGCAGCAUCCUGGGGUCUCGUCGGGACAUGCCCUGCGAUGAGGAGAGUGGGCAGUGCCUGUGUCUGCCCCACGUGGUGGGCCCCAAGUGUGACCAGUGCGCUCCCUACCACUGGAAGCUGGCCAGUGGUCGGGGCUGUGAGCCCUGUGCCUGUGACCCUCACAACUCCCUCGGCCCCCAGUGCAACCAGUUCACGGGGCAGUGCCCCUGCCGAGAAGGGUUUGGUGGCCUGACGUGCAGCGCCGCAGCCAUACGCCAGUGUCCCGACCGGACGUACGGAGGUGCAGGCACGACAUGCCGCGCCUGUGACUGUGACUUCCGGGGGACAGAGGGCCCAGGCUGUGACAAGGCCUCAGGCCGCUGCCUCUGCCGCCCUGGCUUGACCGGACCCCGCUGCGACCAGUGCCAACGAGGUUACUGUGACCGCUACCCGGUGUGCGUGGCCUGCCACCCUUGCUUCCAGAUCUACGAUGCUGACCUCCGGGGGCAGGCCCUGCGCCUCAGCAGCCUCCGCAAUGCCACUGCCGGCCUGUGGCCCGGGCUGGGCCUGGAGGAUGCUGGCCUCACCUCCCGGAUCGCGGAUGCCAAGAGCAAGAUGGAGCAGAUCCAAGCAAUCCUCUCCCGUCCCCCGGUCACUGAGCAGGAGGUGUCCCAGGUGGCCAACGCCAUUUUCUCCAUCAGGCAGACUCUCCAGGGCCUGCAGCCUGAUCUGCCCCUAGAGGAGGAGACCUUGUCCCUCUCAGAAGACCUGAAGAAUCUGGACCGAAGCUUCAGUCACCUCCUCGUUAUGUAUCAGAGCAAGAAGGAGCAGUUUGAAAGGAUAAGCGGUGCGAAUCCUUCAGGGGCCUUCCGGGUGCUAACCACAGCCUUCCGGCGGUCCUCCCAGGCUGCUCAGCGGGUCUCCGAUGGCUCCCGCCUGCUCUUGCAGCUCAGGGAUGGCCGGCGAGAGGUGGAGAGGCUGGAGGGCCAGCUGGGAGGAGGAGCCGGAGUUAGUGGGCCCCAGCUCGUGGCCCUGAGGCUGGACAUGGCUUCCUUGCCUGAUCUGACACCCACCAUCAACAAGCUCUGCGGGGGCUCCAGGCAGACGGCCUGUACCCCAGGAGCGUGCCCUGGAGAGCUGUGUCCCGGAGACAAUGGCACGGCAUGUGGCCCUCACUGCAGAGGUGCCCUCCCCAGGGCAGGUGGGGCCUUCCGGAUGGCGGGGCAGGUGGCCCAGCAGCUGCAGGGCUUCAGUGCCCAGCUCCAGCGAACCCGGCAGAUGGUCAAGGCCGCUGAGGAAGCCGCCUUGAAGGUGCAGUCAGACGCUCAGCGCCUGGAGACCCAGGUGAGCGCCAGCCGCUCCCAGAUGGAGGAGGAUGUCAGGCGCAUGCGGCUCCUCAUCCAGCAGGUCCGGGACUUCCUGUCGGACUCUGACACCGAUGCGGCCACCAUCCAGGAGGUCAGCGAGGCCGUGCUGGCCCUGUGGCUGCCCACAGACUCGGCCACGGUGCUGCGGAAGAUGAAUGAGGUCCAGGCCAUUGCCGCCAGGCUACCCAACGUGGACCUGGUGCUGUCUCAGACCAAGCAGGACAUUGCUCGGGCUCAGAGGCUCCAGGUGGAGGCUGAGAAGGCCAGGAGCCGAGCCCACGCGGUGGAGGGCCAGGUGGAGGACGUGGUGGGGAACCUUCGGCAGGGCACGGUGGCUCUGCAGGAAGCUCAGGACACCAUGCAAGGCACCAGCCGUUCCCUUCGGCUUCUCCAGGAGAGGGUUGCUGAGGUGCUGCCUCCAGACAUGGAGUCGGAGCUGCUUCGGGGGAGCCAGGCCAUCAGGCUUCGCUCGGCAGACCUGACGGGGCUGGAGAAGCACGUGGAGCAGAUCCGCGACCACAUCAACGGGCGUGUGCUCUACUAUGCCACCUGUAAGUGA